CCACGGUGUUCGAAUCUCGACCGUGAAACUUACCAUCAUUCUAGUAGAAUUCGGUAAUUAAGAACCACACGAAUUUUCAGCGCUAUUCCUUCUCAAGGCAGGAAAGAAGAUUUGAAACGAUAAUCAGCAUUGAUUCCCUUCCCUAUAACACUGGAUACCUUGCAUCGAGGCUCUCACUCGCCCGCGUGUUCUACAUCCUAGCCCCCAAGCAGGCUAUAAUUGAUUGACAAUGAUUUACAAUCGAUGGCGAGAAGCUUCAAGGAUGUUUACCAUUCGCCGUGGAGUCCACACAGAUAACCCAGUCCAUGUACAAGUAUCCGUUCGUCCCGAGGUAUUCUAUACCAUGGGAAGACACGUAGGAAACCUAUAAAGAGUAGUCGCUCUCGAAACUCUUUAGGUUAUAUCAUAAAUUACCGUUGACAGCCUUCCGAUAUUCUCAUUAAACAUCUCCAAGUAUAUUCAGCAGUUUCUCUACCUCAUUUCAAGACACGAUGCCUGCCCAACGACAUGAGUCGACCACCGUCGACGUCACGCCACUCGGCGAACCGCUCAAAUUCGAGUUCUCUGGGAGAGUUGCGAAGAACCGUUUCCUCAAAGCCCCGAUGGCUGAAGACCUAGCUACUUGGAGUCCCAAGAAUCUUGAGGAGCGUGGCAUCCCAACACCAGAGCUUAUUGAACUAUACCGAAGAUGGGGAGAGAAUGAAUGGGGAGUUAUAGUUAGUGGAAACACCGAUAUUGAAUUCGAUAUGCUAGACGCUGUUGGCGACUGUAUCAUCACACCCGAAUGCCCCCCUUCCGGUCCGCGUUUUGAGGCCUUCAAAGAACUAGCUGUUGCGGCGAAAGCGAAUGGAAGCCUGAUUCUUGCACAACUCACACACCCGGGGCGACAACUCUCCGCAAGAAUUAGGAAAGACACAAUCUCGUCUUCCGCAGUUCAACAUCCUUCGAAGAAAGGAGUCCCUUACGCCAAACCAAGGGCAGCAACAAAAGAUGAUAUCGCUCGGGUUGUUGACGGAUUCGCCCAUGCUGCUGAAUACCUGCAAAAGGCAGGUUUCGAUGGCAUCGAACUACAUGGAGCGCACGGUUACCUCAUUGCCCAAUUUCUAUCUGAAAACUCGAACCAGCGUACCGACGAAUACGGCGGUAGUCUCGAAAACCGCAUGCGCCUGAUAGUCGAGAUCGCUGAAGAGAUCAAGAGGCGUAUCAAGCCAGGGUUCAUUCUCGGUAUUAAACUCAACUCGGUCGAAUUUCAAGCAAAGGGCAUCAAACCGGCCGAGGCAAAAGUCAUGUGCGAAAAAAUGCAAGAGCUGGGCUUUGACUUCGUGGAGCUGUCAGGCGGCAACCAUGAAGAAAUUGGCUGGGGAAACAAGAAGGAAUCUACACAGAAACGAGAGGCUUACUUCCUUGAAUUCAUUGGUGAUAUUGUUCCACAUCUGUCUAAGACCAAGAAAUACCUGACCGGUGGCUUCCGCAGUACGGCUGCUAUGGUCAAGGCCCUCGACACUCUUGAUGGUAUUGGUCUUGGUCGCCCGGCUGCACAAGAACCGCGCCUAGCAGCUGACAUCCUCGCUGGCAAGAUCACCGGCGCUAUUAAGCCGAAAGACGAGUUGGUGAGUGAUGUCUGGCUGGGUGUAACAGUGGCGGGGACCCAACUGCGACAGGUAGCUCAGAACCGGGAGCCCUUUGACACAAGCGACCCGAAGGCUGUCGAGAGUUUUAUGGCAGAGCUCAGGAAGCAUAAUAGCAAGCUUAUCGCAGAUGGCGACAAGCUAGAAGUUCGAGGCUUCGUUGAGCUAACAGCUCCGGAGACGAGCUCGCAUCCAUAUGGAACUAUCUAUUAAAUGUACUUUCGAGGUUGGCGAUAAUUGUCAUUUUAGUAAGUCAGGAAAGUUUUGAUGUUACUAUUAUUGUCAGCUAUAUGUUGAUGUUGUUAGAUUUCGGAGACAUAAUAUAGAAUGUUAACGUAGCAUUUAGAGGGACAAUCAUGUUCGGCAUUCAUUUGACUUUAUUCCUCCAUGACGUACAAAUCGACUUCCCAUCAUACCAUCCGUUCGGAAACUUUUACGAUUUUACUAAUGAAUUGGUGGUGUUAA